GCGAACGGUGUUCAUCAAUCGACGACCGACGAAAUCUGAAAUCCCUAACUCUGACUUGUUCCAAUCUGCGGAUCUUACCAUGAAUUUCUUCAGAUCGAUUCUCGCGGACGACGAGGAAUCACCGAAAAGUGGUAAUAGUCAUGAAUCCGGCGGCGAUUCGUCGUCGUCGCCGUCGGCGGCAGCGGCAGCGGCAGAAGGUAAUUCGAACGGCGUCGGCGAUGGUUGGAGUUUCGGAGAUUUGAUCAAGACUUUGAGCGUUCAAUCUGAAUCGGUGAUCGAGACGUACCGUAAGGACCUGAAGGAGUUCGGGCUAGGUCUGAGGAAGGAGAGCGAGAUAUUCCGGGAGACCGCGAGCCGAGCGGUGAAGGAACUCCCGGCGUCGUUGGAGGCCACAGCUUCGGUUGCUCACGGCGCCCUCGACGGAGUGCUGAAAUCGACGGCCGACAUAAUCGCGAAGGAAUCGACGAUUUUUUCGCCGGAGAAGGAGUCUGACACGCCGGAGUCCAACCGGAGCUUCCCCGCCGGCCGGUACAGUUGGUUCGAGGCGCAACUGAGUGCGAUUCAGAAUGAUUUGAGCACUUUCUGCGAAGAACCGGAGAAUGCCGAGGAGUACGGAAAGUGGAAAUUAGGGUUCCAAUUGGAUGAUCACAGGGAAGAAAUUGAUACUUUAAUUGGGGAAAAUGGAGUUCUGGAGAGCCUCCAUGAACAGAUCGUUCCAAAUGAGGUUGAUCAUGGCACAUUUUGGUGCAGAUACUUUUACAGGGUGGAUAAGCUCAAGCAGCAAGAGAAGGUUAGGGCUAACCUUAUGCAGAGGGCAAUUUCAGUCGAGGACGACGACGACGAAUUGACGUGGGAAGUCGAUGACGACGAAGAGAACGACAAUGCCGGCGAUUCCAUUAGCAAUCGGAGCAGUGCAUCAAAAGAAGUGAAGGGAGGAAGCGACGACGGCAAAGUAGACGACAAAGUGAAUGAUAGUUCGGAUUCUUCUUCGACAGAUAAGGAAACGAAGCUCGAAGAAGCUACAGAAGUGAAAAUGGCAGAGGAAGUUGUGAAGCCUGUAGAAGAAACUGUUGAAGAGAAGGGUAGUAAUGAUGAGAAGGUCGUAUCCGGCGACAACAUUCCGGCCGUGUCGAGCGGAGGAGUGGCGGAGGAAGAGGAGGAGGACAUGGGUUGGGAUGAAAUCGGGAACACUGGAAGCGACGAAGACCAAAAGGCUCCUGCUGGUGCCGGCGAUGGAAGUAGAAAUAAGGAUGAGUUGCGAAAACGGUUGGAUGCUAUGGAAGAUGACGACGAGGAUUUGAAUUGGGACAUUGAGGACGAGGAGGUGCAGACAAAAGCUUGAUGUAAUUGGUCGAUUGCAUGGUCGAUCUAUAGUAAGUACAUAAAUUCGACGAAUGGAGUUUAUAUCAUUCUUUCCUUUCUUAUAUAUAUAUAUAGUUGGUUUGUUUUGUUUCUUUCUAUGUCCGAAAUUGAACUUGUUCGUUUGUAUGUUUGGUUUAAUGUGAUUGCUGUUGGGAAUGGUUUGAGUGCUUA